AACACUUUCUCCUUGCUCCUUCAAGCAUUCCCAGAUUCCGCCCCCUCUCGUCUCAUGGAUUUUGUGCCCCUGGGGCACCCACCAGCGAAAUGGUGCUAGAGGCUCUCGCUGCAGUUGGCCUCGCCAGCAACAUCGUUCAAUUCGUCCAAUUCGGCUGCGAGGUCAUAUCCACGACGCUGAACCUUGAUAACAGCGCUGAUAAGGUCGCAAACCGGCACAAUGAGAUCCAGGUGAUUGCGAAGUCGCUCAAAGAGCACUGCGUCGCUCUGACUACAGCUCAAACGUCGAAUCAAAGCCUUCGGGAUCUGGCAAAGCACAGCUCCGACGUAGCUAACGAAUUGGCAUCCACGGUUGCGAAGAUCAACAAGGACGUUACGAAUGGAAAUUCGACGAAGUCGAGGUAUCGCCGGUUUUUGCAGGCGUCGAAAUCGAUCAUCAAGCGAGGGGACAUUGCUAAACUACAGUCACGGCUAGAGUCACUUCGUGACCAGUUGGAGCUUCAUUUGAUAUCGGAAACAAGAGAGCAUCAGCUAGACACGGCAAUGGCACUGGAAGCCCUACGAAAGUCCAAUGUCAAUCAGGACCUUACAUACAACACCAAGUUUGCUACGCUCGCUCUCAAGCUGGAUGGAAUUCACCAUGAACUUUCUCAGGUUACUGCUUGCGUUUCUCUGAAGAAGCUUGAAAAUCCCGUGAAGCAAUUCAAGGAGGGCUUCCAAGGAAUAACAGACAAUAUCACAAGGGCCACAGCUAUACUAGGAAGCUUGCAUUAUGAAAGUAUGCAGGCUCGGCACGACGCUGUCCGCGAUGCACACAAGAGGACCUUCGAAUGGAUUUUCUCAGCCAAUGGACAAUCAAGUGAAGACUCGCGCUCCAAGACAUUCUUCUUGCCAUGGCUUCAGCACGGGCAGGGUAUCUUUUGGAUAACUGGGAAACCUGGUUCCGGCAAAUCUACCCUAAUGAAGUAUCUAGAGGACCACACGCAAACUAUCCAAGCACUUCAGGAGUGGGCAGCCCCUAAGCAUCUCGCAUUUGCGAGCUUCUACUUUUGGAACGCAGGGACUCAGAUGCAAAAAUCCCUGCGAGGCCUCUUGCAGUCUCUUCUUUAUCACAUAUUGCGGAGCUGUCCCAAGCUUAUGCAAUCCUUAUGCCCGAGUAGAUGGGGAGCGCACAUACCUUCCGCCAAGUUGUCCGCUCUUUGGAAAGUCUCCGAGCUUCGCGAGGCCUUCAAAGCACUGAAGCACCAUAUAUCCUCAGUUUCGACAAAAUUCUAUUUUCACGUGGACGGCCUAGACGAGUACGAAGGCGAUCAUUACGAUGUUAUCCAAGUUCUGCAAGAGCUUUCGGAGUGCUCAGACGUGAAGCUCUGUCUUUCAAGUCGACCUUGGAACUGCUUUCAGGAUACGCUUGGAGAGGUCGCUGAUAAAACGAGCAUGCUUCGUUUGCAUGAGCUAACAGCACAAGAUAUAGAGCUGUUUGCAUACGAAAACAUGCUUCUGCACAACCGACGGUUGAACAACCGCCGCGCAAUCUUCGAUGAGCUUGUUCACGAGAUCAGGACCCGAGCGCAAGGCGUCUUCCUUUGGGUCUGUCUCGUAGUGCAUUCCCUCCGCGAAGGUUUAGUCAACGAUGACCCAAUAGGGAUACUUCGUAGGCGACUGGAGGGGUUACCCACAGAUCUAGAAGCCUUUUUCGAACACAUACUCAAUUCUGUCGACGCAGUGUAUCAGGAUCAAAUGGCUCGCGUGUUCCUCGCGGCGCUCACGACUAAGAAUCCUCUGUCGGUAAUGCAUUACUCCUUCUUGGACGAAGACCCCGAGUUUUGCCUGGCCACAGACUUUUCAAACCUCAGUGACGAAGAGGUACGCUGGCGGGUCGAGCAAACUGAAAGGCGUCUGAAUGGACGCUACAAAGGCCUCCUGGAACCGUACAAAAAAGGGGAUAUCCUUCAACCUGGCGAUCCUAUCUUCUUUCUUCACUUAACCGUUCGAGAUUUCCUCCGAUCACCCCAAAUCCAAAAAAUGCUGCUAGAUCGAGCGCCUGCAGCUUACGAUGCUUACGUCACGAUCGGCCUUACUCUCGUAGCGGAGAUCAAGUACGUCAAAUCACCUAGUCUCUAUGAGAACUGGACAACUCUCCUGGUGGACUUUUUCGAGGUGCUGCGAGAUGCCAAACGACCCGAUGUUGAGUACCUUGUCGUGGAUCAGAUGGAGCUCAUAACGCGACGUUAUGCCGCCCUUGGGUUCACCAGCCCUUUGGUGGAAAUUUCUGCCAGGCUUGGCUUUGCCGUGAUCGCUGUCCAUAUCGGCAGGAUUGACUACAUCAAACAUCGACUCGCGAAAGAUCCAAAAGAGGUCGAUAUGAACGCCUUGCUUUUCCACGCAAUCCAAUGCCCUCCGUUUUUUGACUCCGAAGAAGAACACUCUUGCGGUGGCAUGUAUUGGCUUGAAAGUGACUGCAGCUAUGCGAAAUCAGCGGAAUGCAGUCCUCUGCUUUACGUUGUGAAGUUUCUCCUUGACAAUGGAGCCGAUGCGAACUGCACCGUAAACGGGGAUACCAAUUGGAGACUUUUUCUUAGGCGCUUUCUAGGAUCAAUAAGCAAGGGUCCCUACCACAAGAAGCACGAGGACACCACCUGGCAUGACGUCUUCAAACUUUUUCUUGAUCAUGGAGCCGAUAUCGGCGGUCAGACCGACAUUUGGAUCGAGUUCAUUCAUAAUCGGAACCCCUUGGCACCGCUGGGUUUUGAUGGAGCGUGUUCUACGGUAUUCGAGACGCUGCUGCAAUACGGAUUGAAACCCGACGCGCGGGUUGAUGGGCUUAGCGUUUGGGAGACUCUGAUAAGCACUUCAGUCUUUCCUUAUACAGCUUCGCCAUGCGAGACUCUUACGCCUGGCCAGCGGAAGCUGAUGGAAGCUUUUCUCAGUGUCACCACAAAACCCGAAUAUCUUCUCACCGAGACCAGCUGUCACAAAGGUGGUGUUGUAUGGCUACGCUGGGCACUCAACAGUCUCCAAAACGACAAGGUCUUCGAACAAACCAAGAUUUUCGAGCUCCUGUUACAAUGCGGUGUUGAUCCCAACAGGCAAAUGGGGUGCAACACUUUUUGGGAGCUUGUACUCGAGUCAAUACACGGGGGCAUCGGUCAAGACUCGUGCGACCACCGAUUUCAAGCGUACCAGGACCUCAUCAUUCUCUUCCUGCGCCACCGUGCAGAUCCACACUGUGCAAAGCUUCAUAAAUUGGUGGGAUGGCAUGAAGGCGUCGCGUGUGUUGGCGCAUUCUCUCCCGGCGCCGUUCACUCAAUCCGCGGGAUCCUGUCAAAAGAGAUGGAAGACGCCCCUUCGAGAAAAGGGUCCACGGAAUCGUCACAUGUAUCAGCUACCGCACCUUGCCUUAGCCCUUAAGGUAGACUCCAACCUAAUGGUUUGCGGUCACGCUCCAAGCGAUGGCAAUUUUCCAUAGCGCCUAGCAGGUGCAGCUACCGUAACGCAAACAACGUUUGAGGCAAGGCAGCAACAGAAGAGAAGGAGAACGCAUGAUAUGAGGAACACAACAAGAACAAAGAGGGACCGGUAUUGACGUUGGUAGGGUUAUAGGCUUGAGAUUUAUUCAUGCUCGAAAAGAUCACGAAUUGGGAUGCAAGCGAUCCCGUUCCUAUUUUGGAGGAAUACAUAGGCGCGGAAUUAUCGAUUGAGGACGUACCCUUUGUAGCACCGUAAUUGUUCGAACUUCCUCCUCAAGCUAGUCGAAUCUCGUUCUAGAAUAUGCCGAUCGGCCAAGAGUACCUAGGUAAGCCUCAUCCUAAAGU